CAGGUUUUUCUGCAGGCCACCGCCGAGUUUUGCGUCGAAUAUAGGGAAGGUUGACGCGAUCAAAAGGUACAUCCCGUUAGCUGUGAUGUUGUCGGCCAUGUCGGUUGGGUACAGGCGGGAAGUGGGCAAUAAACUGCCUUUUCCUGUUCGUUUUGCUUGAUGCAUCCGUCUACCAGCUUUUUUCCCGCAAGCUAUGGCUUGGAGAAUACUUGUGUCUAGUCUUCUAUGGUAAGGCUUCAUCCUCUCGCCCUUGACCUCAACGGUCUGCGUGCUCGCUUUUCAGCACUCCUCUGUGUUUGUAUUAGUCAAUUGAAUGCGCGAUGGAGCGGUCAGGUACCCAGCUGGAGCCCGAAGCAAGUCGAUAUCCGAGGGUGAUGGAGUGAGCUGUUCGAGCACAUAUACUCUGUCUGCUGCCCUCGUGGAUGUUCCUUUCUCUUCAGCUUUGCAUCGUCUCUCGUUCUAUCCCAACUACUCGCACACGUCGUCCGCAAACUUUCUCUCCAUCUCUCCCCAUGGCGACCAGGGGACUUGUCCUUGCAGCUCUGGCUGCCGCCGUCCUUGCCCAAACUCCGACAGAUCUAGUUACAGUCCUCAAUUCUACGAAAGGGGCUUCCACCAUCAGCGAAGUGGUGUCAGAAGUCCCCGGCUUUCUGGAUGCUAUUUCUGGGAAGACAAACCUCACCUUCCUUGCCCCAAACGAUACUGCCAUUGCAGAGUUUUUGAACACUCCGGCUGGACAGGCACUGGAGGAUGCUGGUGACGACUACCUCCUGAAUCUGCUCCUGUACCAUGUCAUUGAUGGAGGAUACAACAAUAUUACGGAUUACUACAUCUCUCCGACCCUAUUGACUUCAAGCAAUUAUACAAAUGUGACUGGCGGACAAGACAUUGGUAUCUACUACGACGAUGACGAAAAUGUUGUUGGCUUCUAUGGCGGGUUGGACUACAACCCCGAGGGACCUGCCACGCCAAUUCCUUUCUCUCAAGGAUGGAUCUAUCUCAUCAAUGGCGUACUGAAGAUUCCUCCAAGUGUCUCCGAAACCGUGACCUCAGGCGACUUCAACGGCAGCUCCUUCGUGACAGCCCUGAAUCAAACUGGCUUAACCGAACAAAUUGAUCUGCUCCACGAUGCGACGUACAUCAUACCUGUCAAUGACGGUUUCCAAGCUGUGGAGCAAGCUCUCUCUGAGCUGAGCACCGAACAGUUGGCUGAAGUGCUCAAAUACCAUGUGGUGACCGGCAAAGUCUGGCACUUUGACGACUUCCAGAACGGAACGCAGUUGACCACGUUGCAAGGCCAGUCUCUGACAGUCUCUAUUACCCCUGCAGGAGACUACUUUAUCAACAACGCCGGAAUCAACUAUGUCGACCUCGCAGUUUCUGAAGGUGUGGUCAUUUUCGUGGAUAAUGUGCUGAAUCCUAAUGCCUCUUGGACCCCACCAGUCAAUGGUACUGAGGACGGUGUGCCCGCCUGGCCGGUCUCUAAUGCCGCCAACAAUGGAAGCUAUGGCUCAGCUACGGCAACAGCUACCAGCACGCUUGCCACUGCUACCUUCACUGGUCUGGCUGCUGCACCGUUGAAGACUGGUGCUGUCGGUGCGGCUGCCUUAUUCGGUGGGGCUGCGUUGGCGCUUGUGCUGUAGGAGAUUGGGAGGAAUAAGGCCUCGUAAUAGCCGGAAGUAAUAGGAAAAAGCUGCUGUGAGUAGCGAGAGGAAGGGAGGGAGGAAGUCGAGAAAGUCGAGGGAGAAGGAGGCACAUGGCACAUACUGAGGGCGAUCUGGAAAGUCUUCGUGGCUGGUGCUUCUCACUCCACCGUAGUCUCUAUACCUAUGCAGAUACUGCCGAGCAUUGACCCAUAGUCUGCCAAUUUCCAGCUUGUUACAGCUCGCCUCAAUUUCCAAUGGGCAACUCACACCUCAACUUUCCAUGCCCC